AUGAAUAAAUAUUGCAAUAAUAGUAAUAAUAUAUAUUAACAUUGAUUAGAUCCUACUGGAGAAUGGAGUAGAUUAAUUCAAUAAUAAAAUUCUUAGUCUGAUUAAUAAUAAUAAUUACUUAAAUAUGAGGAUUACCAACGUAAAUUAUAAUAUAGGUAACUUAAUAUAGAAAUCACAUAUAUAGACAAGAACUACAAACUGCUAUGUAAGAAAGAAAAAAAAAGAAUUCUGAAUCCUUUGAUACUUAUUAAUAUACUGAUUAAGUUUAAUAAAGUUUAUAAAGACAAGAUAUAGAAUAAUUCUAAAAAUUGCAAUCAUUAAAAUAAAAGGAGACAGAAUUUGCUAAAUAUAGUUUGGAAUAAUAAGAAAUUAAGAAGAUAUUAUAAAAAUAAUAGAAUUUAAAUGAAAAAUAAUAGAUUAGUGAAUAAAUGAUUAGAAAUUAAUAAAUUUUUAAAGAAGAACUUAUAGAGAAAUAAAAUAAAAAAAAUAAAGUUAUUUAUGAGUUAAAUUAAUCUUAUAAAGAUAUGGAAGAUAAAAAAAAAUAUGAAUUAAUUAAAAUAAAAUUAUUAGAAAAGUAAAGUAUGUAAGAAGAACUAAAUAAAUUAUAAUAGGAUGAAGAAUAAAGAAGAAAUGUAUAUUAGUUUACUAUUCAUAUUAGUUCUUGAAUAAAUUAAAAAAUAAUUAUCAUCAAAAUGAAGGAUUAUUAGAGAGAUAUAAUUAAAUCUAUAUAUAAAAAGAAAGAGAAAAAAGUGAUAUAGAAAAUAAAAUUAUAAAAGAAGCUGCUGAAUAAAAGAAAUAAUAGGAUGAAUAAAGAUAAAUUAUAGAAAGAGCUAUAAGAUAAAAGAAGAAUUAAGAAACCUAUAAUUCUAUUUUGGAAUAAAUAGAAUAAAAGCGAUAAUCAAAAGAGAGAGAAUAAUAAUAGAAAUCAUAAGAAUUGGAUUAUUAUGGAGUUGUGAAUGAAUAAUAUAAAAGAAAAGAUUAAGAUGAUCUUUAUAGAAAGAUAGAGAAAUAAAAAUAAUAUAGAUAAGAUUUAAUAAUGUAAAUAGAAGAAUAAUAAACUAAGAAAAAAAGGGAUUAAUCAAUGAGUGCUAUUGAAAUGAAAAUUAAUUAAAAUUAUUAUAAUAAUGAAGCAUUAAAUGUUGGAAUUGUUCCAGGAAUAUUUGUUGAUCACAAUAGACUUAAAUAACAGUAAGUUAUUAAUAUAAUUUAGAAAAUAUUUUGAUAGUAAUUAAAGUAAAAGAUAAAAUAGUUAAUUUUAACGAUAGAGAAACUUAAGUGCUUAUUUUGCUUCAAAUUAAAUCAAUUGA